AUGGCCUGGAGAGCCAGCGUCCGGGCUCGCGCGCUUCCCACCUCUCGCUUGACCCAACGACCCUCGGCAUUGCUACCGAAGCGGGCCCAGCGCUACCCCGGUGCUUCGCGAUAUGCUUCAGACUCGGCUGCACCUGCACCCGCCGAGGCAGCUAAGGAGACAGUGAAGGAUGCUACAAAGGAGGCUACCAAGGAGAUUCCCCGCAAAGCGGGCCGUGGCUCUAGGAAGACCUUGUACGGUGCCUCGUUGGCCUUUACCCUGCUGGUGGGCUACAUCUAUGGAACCGACACCAGAGCCAGUAUCCACAGAUACGGCAUUGUGCCCUUGAUCCGCGUCCUGUGGCCCGAUGCGGAGGAUGCACACCACAGCGGCGUGGAGAACCUGAAGAUGCUCUACCAGUAUGGUCUUCACCCGCGCGAGCGUGGCGAACCCGAUCGUGAUGGUGCCCUGGCAACUGAGGUCUUCGGAUACACCAUCUCCAACCCCAUCGGUAUCUCCGCCGGUCUGGACAAGCACGCCGAGGUCCCCGAUGCGCUGUUCGACAUCGGUCCCGCUAUCGUGGAGGUCGGCGGCACCACCCCUCUGCCGCAGGAAGGAAACCCCAAGCCUCGAGUGUUCCGACUACCCUCGCAACACGCCAUGAUCAACCGCUACGGCCUCAACUCCAAGGGCGCCGACCACAUGGCCAAGGUUCUGAAGCAGCGCGUAACUGACUUCGCCUACGCCGCCGGAUUCGGCCUGCACGAACAAGCCGAGCAGCGCGUCCUGGACGGCGAAGCCAACGUCCCACCCGGAAGUCUGGUCCCAGGCAAGCUUCUCGCCGUGCAAGUUGCCAAGAACAAGCUCACCCCCGACGGAGACAUCGAAGCCAUCAAGCGCGACUACGUCUACUGCGUGGACCGGGUGGCGCCGUACGCCGACAUCCUCGUCGUGAACGUCUCCAGCCCCAACACCCCAGGCCUGCGCGACCUCCAAGCCGCGGCACCUCUCACAGCAAUCCUAACUGCAGUCGUCGCCUCCGCCAAGAACAUCGAGCGCAAGACCAAGCCCUACGUGAUGGUCAAGGUCAGCCCGGAUGAGGACUCCACCGAGCAGAUCUCCGGUAUCUGCGAGGCUGUCUGGAACUCCGGCGUCGACGGUGUCAUCGUCGGUAACACCACCAACCGUCGUCCCGACCCCGUGCCCCAGGGUUUCGUCCUCCCCGCCGAGGAACAGAAGACUCUCAAGGAAACCGGUGGUUACUCUGGCCCUCAGCUGUUUGACCGCUCCGUUUCGCUUGUCGCUCGCUACCGCGCCCUGCUUGAUCAGGGACCCCCAUCUGCGACCGACUCGGAGAAGUCUGUUGAGAAGGUGUCCAACCUUCCCCGCAAGGUUAUCUUCGCUUCGGGCGGUAUUACUACCGGCAAGGAGGCGCGCGAGGCUCUCAAGGCCGGUGCUUCGGUCGCUAUGAUGUACACUGGUGUUGUCUACGGUGGUGCUGGCACUGUCACACGUGUCAAGCAGGGGCUGCGUCAGGAGCUGCAGAAGAAAUAA